CAGUUGGACUGGAUUUGGUGGAUUCUUUUGAAGGAGAAUCAUUUCUUUGUUGUCACAAACGAGGCUUCAAUGAAACCAAAACCGUUUUUCGUGGCUCAUUGUGUGCGCCUCUCUCCUGUCUCUGCAGUUCUUCCUGAGACUUCUUCGUUCCUGUUCCACCUGCUGCUUCUGACUGAGCUGUUAGUCCGAUCUUCAUCUCUUCCCAUCCGCAGCUCCUCCCAUUGUGGAUUUUUUGGAUCAAUGAUCCAUCAGGUGGAAAGUUUGAUGAACUUAUCGAGAAAAAUCCAUCAGCUGAGAACAGAAGAACUCGAACACUUUGAAGAUGCCAAAUUCAGUCUGGAUAGCCUUCCUGAGUUGUAUCACACUGCUGACCAUCUUAGAUCAUUGAAGGUUAAUGAAUCCCUCUCUCAGAUGUACGGAUACACUCAGUCCUUCAAACUGCAUAUCGACUGGUUGAAGGCGGCAAAAGAAAAUGUCAGUUUGCCUUUCCAGACAGAAGAGGGCGCCAGCUCUCACCUUCAGCAACUGUCCAACCUCAUUGGCAAAUGUCUUCAUCCGCAAAACAAAGAGGCUCUUCCGUCAUUGGCACCCAACCUUCCUGUUGUCUCCAAUGCCUUUGAUGCUCUUGUGUACUCUGUAGAAAUUUCUGAGAGGUUAAAAGUUUUCUGUGUGUGGUCAAAAAGAAUCUUACGGUACUUCCAGAGGCAUUCUUAAAAAAAAAAAAACAUUUUUC